AUGAAACCAAGAAAAAGCUAUGCAGGUGUAUUGUUUUGUGUGGGAGGCCGAGGAGCUGCUGGAGAUCCAUUCCAAAGUAUAGAGUGCUAUGAUUAUCGGAAAAAUAAAUGGUUCCCAGUCACAGAGAUGAAUACUCGACGGCGACAUGUUGGUGUUUGUGCUGCUUCAGGAUAUUUGUAUGCCAUUGGUGGUCAUGAUGGAACAAAACAUUUGAGUAGUGGAGAGGUUUUUGACCCAGUCACGAAUACAUGGUCUAAUAUUUCCCCCAUGGGGACACUCAGACGAGGUAUAGCCCUAGCUUGCCUAGGAGGUCCAAUCUAUGCCAUAGGAGGCCUGGAUGAUGCGUCCUGUUUUAACACUGUUGAACGAUACGAUCCUUCCACUGACACAUGGACAUUUUUGUCGUCUAUGAAGAUUCCGCGUGGUGGAGUUGGAGUCACUGCACUGAAGGGUUUUUUGUAUGCUGUUGGUGGCAAUGAUGGUUCAACAUCACUGGAUAGUUGUGAGCGUUAUGACCCUUUGACUAAUAAAUGGGCUCCAAUUGCCAAUAUGAAGAAGAGAAGAGCUGGCGCAGGUGUUACUGUACUCAAUGGAAUGGUGUAUGCUGUUGGUGGUUUCGAUGAUAAUGCACCUCUUCAUUCAAUGGAGCGCUAUGAUCCUGUGACAGAUAUCUGGACGUUAAUGCCUUCAAUGUCCUGUUGUCGUGGGGGUGUAGGUGUGGCAACCUUGGGUGGCAAAAUAUUUGCUGUCGGUGGACAUGAUGGGUCCAGUUACUUGAAUUCUGUGGAAGCAUUUGAUCCAAGUGUCGGAAAGUGGGAGAUGAUGGCUGAUGUUGAAGUUUGUCGAGCUGGUGCAGGUGUGGCAGUUUUAGACUGUCCCGUGGAACAGUUGGAAGAUAUGCGCAAAACUAUCAAUACUUCAGGACCAGGAUCUGUGAUACAGAGGCAGCAUGGGAAAAAAUAG